AAGCAAAGUGCAGAAGAAGUCAAUGUCGGGCGAAAGUGUCAAUCAACAUGGCGGCGGUAGACGUCGUCGUGAGCAACUUGGUGACUCUGUGGAGGAUCCCAGCCGUCAGACACAAUUUCCCGUGGAUGUUCUUGGUCAUUUCAGUCGUGGGCUCCAUUCUCAAAGAGCUCCAGCUCGUGCCACAGACUUAUUUCAGCAGUAGAAGAAAUUUCCUGAACGUGUAUUUCGUCAAAGUGUCGUGGGGUUGGACGCUGCUUCUGCUGACUCCCUACGUCCUCCUCUCCAACACGGCCUUUAGCCGGAACGCUGUCUUCCUGGGCAAACGGCUCCUUUCCGUGGCGGUGGCCACAGCCGUGUGGUAUGCGUGCACCACGACCUUCUUCUACAUCGAGGGUGUGACCGGCUCAUGUUUUCAGACCGACUCAAUGGAUGUGAAGGCCGACCGGUUUGCAUCCAUAGCCGAAUGCAAGCGCGCCGGCUUCUACUGGCACGGCUUCGACAUCUCGGGGCACUCCUUCAUCCUGACCUACUCGUCCCUGCUCAUCAUGGAGGAAACGGCGUCCAUGGCCUCUCUGAAGACGGCGAGUAUAUCUGCGCUUCCGAGGGUGGUCCUCAACCUUCUGUACGUGGCGCUUAACCUCAUCAUCAUCCUCUGGGUGUGGAUGUUCAGCUGCACCUCAGUUUACUUCCAUGAUGUGUCUCACAAGGUGGUGGGCACUGCAACUGGGCUCGGGGCAUGGUACUUGACAUAUCGCCUUUGGUAUCUUAAACCGUUGUCGCCGGGACUCCCGCCACAUCACCAACUGAGGGAGCAGAAGCAGCUGCGCCUGCGCUCAUCUAUUGAUCCACUGCACUCCCAGUGACGUUACCUGGAUGUCAUUGCGUACAGCAAGACAUUCCCUUGUCGUGAAAUUGCAGAGGUUUUCAAGUUGGAUUGACAGUUUGCUUUCCUGACCAGUGAAGAGUAUCUUUUCUGUUUUUAUUUUAACCCCCCCCCCCCCCCCCCCUUGAACCAGCAUUACCUCUUGAUUCAAAGUGAAUCUGACACUACAGCAAUCCUCCAUUUGGGAAAAUUACUAAAUCUAUGUGUAAUUGACCCCACCAAAAAUGUUUCAAAUUGCAUCUACAGUAUUGAUAGUUUCAACCGUUUUGUAUCACAAACUCUGAUCGACAAACACUGAAAUAUUUUUUAGUCAUCUUACGAAGUUAUCCAUGCAAUUAAAUUGCUUAUGAUUUCAAACAAAUUCAC